UCCAAAAUGAGACGAAGUCCAAUCUUUCUUUUAAAAGUUCUACUUGCUCUGACAAAAAAACUGUGAAGGUCGAGUGCCACUCAUUGGAAUGUGGGACACGUCCACAAAUAGUCAAACAUAUAGCCAGAGUGGUAGGUGGUGGAAACGCUGGUCUAGGAGCUUGGCCUUGGCAAGCAGCCCUUUAUAAAGAAGGCGAAUUCCAGUGUGGUGCAACUCUUCUAUCAGACAGAUGGCUAGUAUCUGCUGGACACUGUUUCUACCAUUCACAAGGAGAAUAUUGGGUUGCAAGGUUAGGUGCUCUGAGAAGAGGAACGUCUCUACCAUCACCUUAUGAACAGUUACGUCGGGUGUCCAAGAUCCUUGUGCAUCCAGGGUAUGUUGAUUCUGGAUUCAUCAAUGAUAUUUCCCUCUUGCAACUCGAAUCACCUGUAGUCUAUAGCGACUAUGUCAGACCAGUGUGCUUGCCACAGCCAAAUCAAGGGCCUGUAGAUGGUAGACUGUGUACAAUUGUUGGCUGGGGACAGUUGUUUGAAGUUGGCAGGAUAUUUCCUGAUACUUUGCAGGAAGUUCAGGUCCCUAUAAUUUCAACUGCCGAGUGUCGAAAGAGGACACUGUUCUUAUCCCUCUAUAAAAUAACUGAUGAUAUGUUCUGUGCUGGAUAUGAAAGAGGAGGGAGAGACGCUUGCUUAGGAGAUUCUGGAGGACCACUGAUGUGUCCAGAGCCUAAUGGAAGAUGGACUUUACAGGGAAUAACAAGCAAUGGUUAUGGUUGUGCUCGGGCAAAUAGACCUGGAGUGUACACUAAAGUGGCCAACUACGUGGAGUGGAUACAUUUCAAUAUGAAACCGAAAGAACUCGCUUCUAGAAAUUUCACUAUGAAGGACAGUUGUUUGGGACAUCGGUGUCCGUUAGGAGAGUGCCUUCCAGAAAGUAGAUUGUGUAAUGGUUAUAUUGAAUGCAGUGAUGGAAGUGAUGAAAAGUAUUGUGAAUCUCAAAAAUCAUAGAUUUUUCUUCGAUCGUGUGAAUGAAUAUUGUGAGGUUGAAUUGGAUAUUGUGUUUUAAUAUUAUUGGAUAAUCUAGCACAGAAAAUGACAAAAAAAUGUGAUAUGUAGGAAUUUUAUUGUAUAUAGUAGUUUUUCAGUGC